AUGCCAACAUGUUCUUCUUGUAAUAAAUUCUUUGAAAGCCAGCAAGCAUUGGGUAAUCAUAUAAAAAAACAUUUUGAUAAUAGUGAAGAUAAUUUAUCAUCACCAAGUCAACUGAUUUAUAAAACUUCCCAAAAAUUAGUUGAAAUAACAACUAAAUUUCUUAAUAAGCAAAAUAUGUCAAAAAGACAAACUAUACCUAAACAAACUAAAAUAAGUAAUAAAAGAACACAAUUUGAAUGCAACUUAGAUGAUA